CGCUUUGCGCUGCUCGCUCGAGUCUGAGAUCCUCCACAACAAUGUGGCGCACGCAUAAUGGGAUUUACCGGGUUCACUUUCAAACGCUUUUGUUGUUGUUUUAAAAAUUAACGAGAGUUUCGCUUUGCCUUCCAAGGGGAUGAAACGCAGUGCCGUUGAAUGAACAGGUGAGGGGGUGCCAUGCCAGCUGCUGCUCCCCUGUUGCUGCUCCUCGCCAUCUUGUGGUGGCCUCUGGUAAUGCCUCUGGUCCCCAGUCAUCUUCAAAGCCCCCCUACAUUCAUCUCCCUCAAUGGCUCCCGCCUCAAUCACCUCCUGCUCGACAGCCACUCGGGCCAUGUCUACGUGGGUGCGGUAAAUGUGCUCUAUCACCUUUCCCCAGAGUUGCAGCUGCUCUCUUGGGGCAAAACUGGGCCUAAACUAGACAGCCCAGACUGCCUACCACCCAUUGACCCCACUGAUUGCACCCAGGCGGAAACCACAGACAACACUAACAAGCUUCUGUUACUGGAAGAGGUCAAAGGAGGGUAUCCACUCAGCCUGAUUGUGUGUGGGACGGUCCUGCAGGGCAUCUGCGAGAAGCGAAACUUGGAGAAUGUCUCUCAGGUGCUGUAUAAGACUGACAACCCUGUGGACACACAGUAUGUGGCGGCAAAUGACCCUCGAGUGUCCACUGUUGGGGUGGUGGUGGAGCAGAAAGGUGUUCUGCUUAUGCUCGUUGGUCGGGGAUACACCAGCAAAGGACCUGGCGGGAUCCCACCAAUCACGAUGCGGCGCUUAGCCCCAGUUGCCCGUCAUUCUGCACCAGCAUUCUCUCACGAAGAACUUGGAAAGCUGGUCGUUGGUAGCUACUCUGAAUACAACAACCACUUUGUGAAAGCACUCCACCACAACAACUAUGUCUACUUUGUGUUCUCUCGACGCGACGUGUGGGGCAAACGAGAGUAUCGGACAUACGUUUCGAGACUCUGUGCAGGCGACCCCAACUUUUACUCUUAUGUGGAGGUGCCGCUUUCCUGCGGUGGAGGAUACAAUCUGGCACAGGCAGCCGUGCUUGGGACACACCGUGAGCAACCUGCGCUGUUUGUGGCCAUGGCUAUGGGACAAGCGUCGACUCCCACACCCACAGACAGGUCGGCGCUUUGUGUGUACAUGGUGGAGAAGCUGGAUAAAGCCCUGCACGGCGCCCAGCUACUUUGUUACACACAGGAAGGCAAAGACGGCAAUAACAAGGAGAAGGCGUACAUUGAGUACGAAGUGUCCUCCAGUUGUCUGAAGCUCCCGCAGGACUCUCUGACCGAGUACCCAUGCGGAGGUGAACACACGCCCAGUCCCAUCGCCAGUGCCAUUGCUCUCGACGCCACGGCCGCUUUCACCUGGACUCCUCCUAUCACUGCCGUCACCACCGCAACUGAGGUCGGCCACACCAUAGUACUGCUAGGAGACAAAAGCGGGAAGCUACACAAGGUGUUCCUGCAUGCAAAUGGUACCGGUACCAAAUAUGACACCGUGGAGGUGGAUUCAGACAGUCCCAUUAACGCUGACCUGCUGUUGGACACCACCAAACAGAACGUCUACGUAUUGACUGAAAGAAAGGUUACAAAGCUCCAUGUAGCUCAGUGUGAGAAGCAUUUAGACUGCCACUCCUGUCUGGCUAAUCGAGAUCCCUACUGCGGCUGGUGUUCGCUGGAGGGCAGAUGCACGCGGAAGAUGGAUUGCGCACGGCAUGCUCAGCUGCACCACUGGAUCUGGAGUUACGGUCAUGAGCGCCAGUGUGUGUCUAUAGAGAGUCUACAACCCUCUAUCCAAAGCAGAGAAGAACAGACACUGGUCUCUUUCACAGUUCUACAGUUGCCAGUCUUGUCAAAGGAUGAGUCUCUAUCUUGCGCUUUUGGGAGUUUGGCUGCUCAGCCUGCGGUUGUCAUGGAGAACAGAAUCACAUGUCAAUCACCAGCACCAGAGCAGCUCCCCCCGAGUCCACCAGGCAACGAUCACGUAUCUGUUCGAAUGGCACUGAAGUUUGGAGACGUGACCAUCUCGCACACAAAUAUCACCUUUUAUGACUGUAAAGCAGUCGGACGGCUCAACGCUACGUCACCGUGCAUGGCGUGUGUUAGCAGUAUGUGGCCGUGUCACUGGUGUGUGAAGGAUGAGCGCUGCACUCAUGAUAAGAACUGCCCCCCUCAGCACGUCAUCUAUAACAGCAGAGAGCAGUCAACGCCCCGCGGGCCCGACUCUUGCCCCUGCGUCUGGGCCCUGCAGAGCUCCCCUCUGGUUCCUGUUGGCUUUGACACCGAGCUCUCUCUACAGGGCAAAAACCUGGACAUUUUUGAGGAUGAGGAAGAUUACGUGUGCGUGCUGGUCAUUGAAGGCCAGGAGCUGAGUUUGCGGGCCACGUUGGACCGCAGCAAAGAGACGGGGACGCAUGUGUUCAAGUGCGCCGCUCAUCAGUUUGGGUACUCAGGAAAGCAGUUUGAAUAUUCCGCUCCUGUAUACCUGCAACGGGGGACGCAGCGUAUAGAUUCAGCUCCACAUCUCCGCUUGCAGCUGUACGACUGCUCAGUGGGACAGUCCGACUGCAGCCAGUGCCGUGCGGUUGCGGCCAAUUAUGGAUGUGUGUGGUGUGCCGAUGAAACUCCCGGCUGUGUGUAUAACCAAUCCUGCACCAGUGAAACCAUGGACACCUGUCCUCCCCCUCUAAUUACUGAGGUGGAGCCACUGACCGGUCCACUGGAGGGCGGCAUACUGCUGACAAUCCAGGGAUCGAACCUAGGCCAGAACUUCCAGGACGUCCAGGCAGGAGUGACGGUGGCAGGGGUCAGCUGUAGACCUCUGCCUGAGGCCUAUCGCAUUUCCACCAGCAUUGUGUGUGAGCUCCAGGCCAGUGUAAAUGUCACAGCCGGACCGGUCAUCAUCACCGUCAGAGGUUCAGAGAAAGGAGAGUCCAAGCAGACGUUCUCAUAUCAGAACCCACAGCUGAGCAUGAUUGUGCCCAAAAAAGGGCCCUUGGCUGGGGGCACGACAAUAACAGUGCACGGGUCGCAGCUCCUGACGGGACAAAGAACAGAACAAAAUAGUGACCAAAUCACUGGCCUGCAGGCGUUCCUGGGCUCAAAGCCUUGUCGCAUCAAUGAAGUGAGUGACACGAGGCUGAUUUGUCGUACCAGUCACUCAAACCAAACUGGAAAAGUGCCACUCAAAGUUGUGUUUGGAAAAGCAGAGAGGAUUUUGGAUAGUGUCCUUUUCAGCUAUAUGGACGACCCAGUGAUUAUUGAUGCAACACCUACUGAGAGUUUCUACGGGGGUGGACGUUUUAUAUACGUGACCGGGCAAAACCUAAAUGUCGUUCAGCACCCGAAGAUGUCAGUCUCUUAUGAGCCUAGAGAGAGUUUUGAAGUCAGAAGACGUCGAUACGCCCAUGUUUCUGCCAGGAGUCUCUUGGUUAUGAGUCAGAAUUUGUGCACCAACGUUACCUCGGAGCAAAUGACUUGCAAGAGCCCAGAGGUGCCACCGAAAUCCAGGAUUGUGCGAGUGUGGUUCGAGAUGGACAAUGUGCACAUCGACUUUCACACCAUCAAGAACAAGCCGUUCACGUACCACCCAAACCCAGACUUAUUCCAGCUCAACAGUGAAUCCCAAGGAACAGCCAUCCGAUUCAAACCUGGAGGAGUCCUGGCAGUAGAGGGAAAGGGACUGACACUGGCCAUGAGCAGAGAGGAAGUUCUGGCCCGGCUGGGGAAGGAAGAAUGUGACGUCAAGACUCUGGAUAACACGCACCUGUACUGCGAACCACCUGAGGAACAGCCUCUCGCCCUGGACAACGAGGACUUACCCAAGCUUACGGUGUUAAUGGGAAACUUGGCGUUUGACUUGGGUCGGGUGCAGUAUGACAACGAUUUACACUCACCGGUGCCUCUGGCGGCUCAGAUCGGCCUGGCAGCGGGGGCCGCGGUGGUAGUUCUCAUCGUGCUGGUCAUCAUUCUCAUGUACAGGCGGAAGAGUAAACAGGCUCUGAGAGACUAUAAAAAGGUUCUGGUGCAGCUGGAGACUCUGGAGAUAAAUGUUGGAGACCAGUGCAGGAAAGAGUUCACUGAUCUGAUGACGGAGAUGAUGGAUCUGAGCAGUGACGUCGGUGGUCCUGGUAUCCCGUUUCUGGAUUACCGCACAUAUGCAGAGCGUGUUUUCUUCCCCGGCCAGAAGGGUGCGCCACUGAGUCAGAAUCUGGAUUUGCCUGAUUUCCGUAGGCAGACGGUGGAGCAGGGCCUGGGUCAGCUCAACAAUCUGCUCAACAACAGACUCUUCCUUACACGGUUCAUCCAUACUCUGGAGGCACAGCAGAGUUUCUCACAGAGGGACAGAGGUUACAUUGCGUCUCUUCUCACGAUGGCCCUUCAUGAUAAGCUGGAAUACUUCACUGAUGUUAUGAAGACCCUACUGGGGGAUCUAGUUCAGCAGUAUGUGGCCAAGAACCCCAAACUUAUGCUGCGCAGGACUGAGACGGUUGUGGAAAAGAUGCUGACCAACUGGAUGUCCAUCUGUCUCUACUCUUUCCUCAAGGAGGUUGCUGGUGAGCCUCUGUACAAGCUGUACAGGGCUAUUAAAUACCAGGUAGAUAAAGGACCAGUGGAUGCAGUGACGGGCAAAGCCAAACGCACUCUCAACGACAGCCACCUGCUCAGAGAGGACAUCGACUACUGCUCUGUGACUCUGACAGUGCUGGUGAAGAGUGGUGUCGAGGUCCAGCCCUGCCCUGUUAAAGUUCUGGACACUGACACCAUCACUCAGGUUAAAGAUAAAAUCCUGGACCAGAUUUAUAAAGGAGCGCCAUUCUCCCAGAGACCAGCCGCAGACUCACUGGACCUUGAGUGGCGAUCUGGCCAGGCGGGUCACCUGACUCUGUCUGAUGAUGAUGUCACAGGCAUUGUUCAGGGUCGUUGGAAACGGAUUAACACUUUACAGCACUACAAGGUACCUGAUGGGGCCACCGUCGCUCUCAUCCCUCGUUCCCAGAGUUCCCUUGGAGUAAAUCAGGUCUACCAGACUGGAGAGAAAACUCCAAUGCUGGAGGGAGAGGAGGAGGAAGGCCUUCGGCUGUGGCAUCUGGUGAAGCCGAGCGAAGAUGCCGAGAUCCCCAAACACAGGAAGAGCAGCAUGAGAGAGAGAGAGCGGGCAAAAGCUAUUCCUGAGAUCUACCUUACACGACUGCUUUCCAUGAAGGGCACUCUGCAGAAGUUUGUAGAUGAUGUCUUUGUAGCCAUACUGAGUACGAAACGGCCUCCACCCAUCGCUGUCAGAUUCUUCUUUGACUUCCUGGACGACAUGGCAGAGAAACACGGCAUCGAUGACCCAGAGACCGUUCACAUCUGGAAAACAAACAGUUUGCCUUUGCGUUUCUGGGUCAACAUCUUGAAGAAUCCUCAGUUCGUCUUUGACGUGCAGGUGACGGAUAGCGUGGAUGCCGUCCUUUCCGUUAUCGCACAGACCUUCAUUGAUUCCUGCACUACAUCCGAGCACAAAGUGGGCCGGGAUUCUCCAGUAAAUAAGCUGUUGUAUGCCAGAGAAAUCCCACGAUACAAGCAGCUGGUGGAGAGGUACUACAGUGACAUUCACAACGCCGUGUCCGGCUGUUACCAGGAAAUGAAUUCAACCCUCACAGAGCUGUCUGGGAGCUUUGCAUCCGAGAUGAACAGUUUGGUGGCGUUGCAUGAGCUGUACAAAUAUAUCAACAAAUACUAUGAUCAGAUUAUCAUGUCUCUGGAGGAAGACGCUGCGGGUCAAAAGAUGCAGUUGGCAUAUCGGCUUCAGCAGGUCGCCGCCCUGGUGGAGAAUAAAGUCACUGACCUUUAGACUUUGACCUUUUGUCUAAACUCAUCAAUAAUCACAUCUGAGAGAAAUCAGAUCAGUGCUUUUCGAUUGAUCGGCUGAUGUAAUGCUACCACUACGUCAAACCCUUGCGUGCUUCCACAGCCGUUCACAUAAACUUGCUGUAUAUUCUUAACAAAAUGGAACAGAAAACGUCACUAUCAUUCGAUAAAUCCUUAAUGGGAUUUUUAUUGGAGAAGGAUUGCUUUUCAGACUGAGACUCUGAACUACUCACAGGAGUAUUGAGUGUGUGUGUGUGUGUGUG